AUGAGUCUAUCCUCAAUAUCCGACAGUUCAUCAAGACAUUCCGCACCAAUUUGGACCGAUGCAGAAGAUGAAACACUUCGAAAUAACAUCAAGAACACCGACAAAUCAAUGUUUUGUGAGAUGAAGUACUUCAUGAUGUUGUUGAAGGGUAUUUCAACAAAACGCAUUGUCGACGUGAAAAUGCGGUUCAACUUCAUUGAGUUCAAAAACUCGAAUCCCACAUCAACAAUGUCAUGGGAAGACUUCUACAUCUUAAAUAAAGAUACACCACCAACAAAACCGACUCGUUCACGCUCGUACUCUGCUGAACGACACCGUGCAAACUCAAGACACUCUUCUGCUGGAAGUUCAAGGACUCGAACAAAAAGUCGGCCGUUAUCGCCGUCACCGUCUUUUGACUUCAAAGAAGAGUCUAAAGGGGACAACAAGUCUGCAAUAUCUUCCUCAUCAAAAAAACAUCGAUCAACAAGCGCAGAAACAACAAAGCGAAGAAAUGAAAGGAACUUGGCUCCCUUAACUGAACGGUCAAACACACAAAUUAACCUUAAAAAACGUUUACAAGGAACAUCUGAGGCGCCAUGUUCUUGGAUUUCUAUUACACCAAGUUCACAAGACACUUGCACGAAUUUUUCGACUUUAAGUUAUGACACUGAAACGCCUAAAGUACACAAUCUCUCGGGUAUAGGGCCUAUCGGUCUUGCGUUUGAUGAAUCUUUGCUUGAUAACAACAGGACGUUCAUUGAAGAAGUUAGAAACAAACUAGUCGAUGGCGACAAAUAUAUCGAGAUGCUCGAAACACAGGUAGCUGGUGGGAAUAACCCAAUCGAUACCAUGGAACUGUUUAAAGGAUAUGUCAAUUCAAUGGUCAAGUUAACUUCAAGUAUAAAUUAUAGGCCUCUCCCAACGUUUUUUGUGGACUUGUUGGUUAUCGACAAGAACAGUGGAGCACUUGUGUUUCAACAGUUUCAAAAUUAA